AUGAAGUUCUCAACAACGGCAGUAUUGACAGUGGCUGCAUGCGUUACCAUGUGCAAUCAUCUUGCGGCAGCAAAACCUAUGCCAGCAUCCACCAGUGACAACAACAACACCAAGUGUCAAAGUCUUGACGAUCCUCGUUCGAAGCAUUUGUGCGAUGAUUACUGCAAGAAUAAUGGCAUUGGCCAUUCAAAUGUGGUGCAAUGCGGAAAGUACAAAGGCAUUUGUAAAUGUGAUGGGUACAAGCCUAUCCAACCAGAAUGGAAGGAAGAUAAAUAA